AUGGAAAAUGGGAUCAACUUGCGUGAACAAAUACUAAAAUGGUACAGAGAUUAUUACCAUGGUGGGCUGAUGAAGCUAGUUGUCAUUGGUGGAGUAAUGUCAAAAAAGGCCCCCCCAGAAAAUCUGCAGUUCAAGGCAGAACGCCCUAUCUGGAAAGCUGGAAAACUUUACAGGCUAGAGCCUGUAGGAGAUUUUCAUAUGCUCUACUUAACAUGGACACUUCCAUGUCUUCAUCAACACCAUUUGAAGAAACCAGCAGAGUAUUUAGCUCAUCUCCUUGGGCAUGAGGGCUGGGGAAGUUUGCAUUUUUACUUCAAAGCUAGAGGGUGGGCAACAUAUUUGGCUGCUGGUGUUGGCAGUGGAUGUAUUUACCGAACUUCUGUGGCUUAUGUCUUCGAGGUGUCCAUACUCCUCACUGAUUCUGGAUUGGAAAAGAUGUUCGACAUAAUUGGCAUUGUCUAUCAAUACAUUAAGUUACUGCGUCAAGUAUCUCCACAAGAAUGGAUAUUUAGGGAACUCCAGGAUAUUGGAAACAUGGAAUUUAAAUUCACAGAGGAAGAGCACCAGAAUGUUUAUGCUUCACGACUUUCAGAAAAUUUACUACUUUAUCCAGCAGAAUAUAUAAAUUAUGGCAGCUUUGCGUACGAGAUUUGGGAUGAGGAAUUGAUAGAAUAUGUUCUUGGUUUCUUCACACCAGAAAACAUAAGAGUUGACGUGGUAUCAAAGUCCUCAAUUAAGUCGGAAGAUUUCAAGUGCGAGCCUUGGUUUGGGUCAAAAUAUACCGAGGAGGAUAUAUCUCCUUCUUUGAUGGAUUUGUGGAAGGAUCCUUCAGAAAUUGAUGUCUCAUUGCAUCUCCCUUCUAAAAACGAGUUCAUUCCUUGUGAUUUUUCCAUCCGUUCCGAUAACUCGUGUCAUGAUCCUGCAAAUAUAUCUUCUCCAAGAUGUAUAAUUGAUGAACCAUUCAUGAAGCUCUGGUACAAGCUUGAUACUACUUUUAAGCUUCCGCGGGCCCUUGUUGCCAAGCUGGAAACUUCUGUAACUCCGGUUGAUGAAAAACUGGAGAUCAAGUUGACAAUACCUUCCUCGUUCCAGCUUGUCCAUUGCUAA